AUGUCACUAGGCAACAGCUCAGGGAUUCACCCUUCAUCCUUCCUGCUCUUGGGAAUACCAGGACUGGAACAGUUGCAUUUCUGGCUAGGUUUCCCAUUUGGUACAGUCUAUCUUCUUGCUGUCCUAGGGAAUAUUGUCAUUCUCUUGGUGAUCCAGCUUGAACACAGCCUUCACCAGCCUAUGUUCUACCUAUUGGCCAUGCUGGCUUUGACUGACUUGGGCCUGUCUACAGCAACCAUCCCCAAAGCACUCAGUAUAUUCUGGUUUGGUUUCCAUAAGAUUGCCUUUAGGGACUGUUUAGCUCAAAUGUUCUUCAUACACCUGUUUACAGGUAUAGAAACCUUCAUGCUUGUAGCCAUGGCUUUUGACCGCUAUGUUGCCAUUUGUAACCCUCUGAGAUACAACACAAUCCUCACCAACAGAAGCAUCUGUAUUAUUGCUGGAGUUGGGCUGUUCAAAAAUUUCAUUUUGGUUUUUCCACUUGUAUUUCUCCUUCUAAGGCUUUCAUUCUGUGGACACAAUAUCAUUCCCCACACAUACUGUGAGCACAUGGGCAUUGCUCGACUGGCGUGUGUUAACAUAAAAGUCAAUAUAUUAUUUGGGCUAAUACUCAUCUCUAUGAUACUUCUGGAUGUUAUUUUGAUUGCUGUUUCCUAUGUGAAAAUUCUUUAUGCUGUAUUCAAACUCCCAUCCUGGGAAGCCAGGCUCAAAGCUCUUAAUACCUGUGGUUCCCAUGUGUGUGUGAUCUUGGCUUUCUUCACUCCAGCCUUUUUCUCUUUUUUGACUCACCGGUUUGGACACAAUAUUCCACAGUAUAUCCACAUCUUCCUUGCUAAUUUAUAUGUCAUUAUCCCCCCUGCUCUUAACCCUCUCAUUUAUGGGGUGAGAACCAAGCAGAUUCGGGAUCGUGUGGUGAUAUUUUUUCGUAAGGAAAUUUGA